UUGGCUUCUGUUCAUCUAGUGCAACAAAGUGACUGCUAAGCCACUCAUCAUUGCACAAAACAACAUAUUUCGGCUUGAUUUUCCCCUAUAAAAACCUGCUUUUCAGAAAAAUUUAAGCACCAGACAAUCAAUUACCCAAUAGAACCUCGCAAAUCCUGUUUGAAUAAUUAAUGGAUUCCAAUUCAGCAAUUUCACUAGCAUUCCUCUUGUCAGUAAUUUUGACAGGAUUGGUGAAUGCUGAAGCUGGCGGAAUAGCAAUAUAUUGGGGUCAAAAUGGAAAUGAGGGCACCUUAGCCGAGACUUGCGCUUCUGGAAACUAUGAGUUUGUGAACAUAGCUUUCUUGCCUGUAUUCGGAAAUGGUCAGACUCCUGUAAUUAACCUUGCUGGCCAUUGUGAUCCAGGCAGUUGCACAGGCUUAAGCUCUGACAUAAAAUCAUGUCAAGCAAAAGGCAUUAAGGUUAUGCUUUCUAUCGGAGGAGGAGCAGGGAGCUAUAUCCUUACCUCUGUUGAGGAUGCAAGGCAAGUUGCAACUUACCUUUGGACUAACUUUUUAGGGGGACAAUCCUCGUCUCGUCCAUUUGGCCCUGCUGUUUUAGAUGGAAUUGACUUUGACAUCGAAGGAGGAAGCAAUCAGCACUACAAUGAUCUCGCAAGGUUCCUUUCUGCAUAUAGUAAGAAAGGCAGGAAGGUCUAUUUGACUGCAGCUCCUCAAUGCCCAUUUCCUGAUGCCUGGGUAGGAAAUGCUCUUGAGACGGGACUUUUUGACUAUGUUUGGGUUCAAUUUUACAAUAAUCCUCCUUGCCAGUACUCUUCUGGCAGUAUUAGCAAUCUUGAAGAUGCAUGGAAACAAUGGACCUCAAGCAUCCCUGCUCAGAAAAUUUUUCUUGGAUUACCUGCUGCUCCUGCUGCUGCUGGUAGUGGCUUUGUACCUGUAGCUGAUUUAACUUCCAAAGUGCUUCCAGCAAUUAGGGAUUCUUCCAAGUAUGGUGGUGUUAUGCUUUGGUCCAAGUAUUAUGAUGAUCAAACUGGUUACAGUAAAGCUAUCAAAAACCAUGUCUAAGAUAGCCUGUGCAAGUUCAUAUGUAAUGAAUUCCAACUCUGGAAUUUUUCCAUCUAUUUGUAUUGUUGGCACGCAUGAUUAAAUAACUAUACUCUUGAUUAAUAA